CGAGAGAUGGCCACUGAUGAACCGAUUAGGAGCCGGAGACAGAGGCGUCGGAUCGGGCCAGGAUCGGAGACGCAGCCCCUCGGGAUGUGGGGCCGGUGGGGGCAUGCCCACCACGAGGCCCCGGGCUCGUGCUCCUCCUCCUCCUUCUCCUCGCCGUCUUCGUCCUCCUGCCCGGGCUCCCACCCGGAGGCCUGCCAGGACCUGGGGGACGCCGUCCUCCUCCUGCUCGGCCUCAUCAUCGCCAUCAACAUCGGCCUCAACCUGGUGACGCUGAUCUGGCGCCGCCUCCGAGGUUCCCUACGCAGAGUUUUCCAUUAUUUUUGCCCAAAAUGCCCCGGCCUCCCAGCCCCGGCCGGCCCCCCGGCUUUGCGCCCCCACUUCCCGGGGGUCCCGGACCACCGCCUCAGCCCGCCGGCCCCCGACGUCCGGGUCCGCUGCACCAUGGACCCCGUGAAGCUGACGCUGACCCCGCCGGCCCCCCGCUGCCGCCACGGGCCCAGCGCCCCGGACCCCUGGGCCCCCGACAUGGACGAUGAGAAGGCCUCCUGGCCCCGCCGCCCCUCGUCCUGCCGCCACGGCUGGGACGGGCCGGUUCCCCCGUACCCCGGGACAGCCCCGGGGAUCUGGAACCACCGGGGAAGCCUCCCGGCCCCGGCCCCCGUGGGCGUCCGCUUCCCCCCGGGCCUGGGGGGUACCACGUCUAGGCGGGCAUCGGCCGGAGGCGCCGAGCCGGGAGCCGAGGCCUACGGCUACUCGGUAGGCGUCCCCCCCGGCGGCCCCGAGCCCACCGGCCGUAGGUCCAACCCGGACCCAGGCUCCCCACCAUCCUCCCGCCGCUCUUCCGUGCCCCCCAACCCGUCCUGGAUGCCCCUGAGCCACAGCCCCCGGCCCUCCCUCAGCCACGUGGUCUACGACGCCCGAGAGCUCAGGCGGAGGGUACGCGAGGGGUCGGUGGAGGUCUCGCCCCCGGUGCCCCCCGCCGCCCCGCCUCCGGCCGCCCCCGGGACCCUGGAGGAGCCGAACCAGGACUGGAGGUACCAACCCAUGGCGGGCCCGGCCUGGGAGCCGUUCGGGUCCAGCGGCUACAAGCGAGAGGGGAAGGACGAUUAAAAAGAGGAG